AUGGACAAGAAAUCUGAGCUCAUGGAGAAGUAUGAUGCUGCCGAGGACUGUGCUUCGGGCACUGUGGUCAUGGAUGACAAGAAACUUGUGCGCAAGAUUGACUACCACCUCUUGCCCAUCAUGUUCUUGACCUACUUCUUGCAAAUGAUUGAUAAGAUCUCCAUUAACUACGCAAAUGUGAUGGGCAUGCAGGAUGACCUGGGAAUGAAAGGAAACGACUUCUCAUGGCUUGCAACGUCAUUCUUCAUCGCGUAUGCCGUGGCGGAAAUUCCCCAGGGUGCGCUUCUACAAAGAUUUCCAAUUACCAAGGUUCUUGGAGCCAAUGUCUUUUGCUGGGGCAUCAUCCUCUGUUGUUCGUCAGCUGCCUCUAAAUUCUCCCAUAUGCUCGCAUUGCGGAUUCUCCUGGGAUUGAUGGAAGCUGUUAUUGCGCCUUCCCUCACCAUGUAUACCAGUAUGUGGUACACACGAGCAGAGUCCACACCACGAUACGGGUUCUGGUACUGUGGUUUAGGUGUUGGGCAAAUCGUCGGCGGGCUGAUUUCCUUUGCUGCCCAACAUGCCCCUGCACACUUGAACUUUGGGGGCUGGCGCAUUAUGUUUGUAGCAGUUGGUGCUGUGAAUGUUCUGGUCUCCCUCCUAGUAAUCUUUAUUCUUCCCAACAGCCCAGAGACUGCCAAGUUUCUCACCGAGACAGAGAAAGCACGCAUUGCACAGCGUCUAACCGAUGAUUCAGCUGGUGUUGGAUUGAAAGUCUUCCGCUGGCGGUCUGUUCUUGAAGCAUUUGGAGAUCUGCAGACUUGGAUGCUCGUGUUACUCACAAUUCUUAUCACAAUUCCAAGUGGUGUUAUAACAACAUUCUCUGCUAUCCUCAUCAAAGGAUUUGGAUAUAGCUCCAGAGAAAGUGCUUUGCUGAAUAUGCCCUCGGGUAUUGUGAGCAUCGUGGCAACUAUGGUGUCUACGUAUGCAAUCUCAAAAGGCUUCUCGAGGUGGCUGGCUAUUGACUUGCUCCUGCUGCCGACUCUACUGGGAUCUUGUUUAAUGUCUUUCCUCCCAUCUGAGAAUCAAGCUGGUUGUUUGGCAGGUAUUUACCUCGUUAAUACGACGGUUGCACCCCUGGCUCUUAUUUAUGCAUGGACUGGAGCCAAUUAUCGGGGGUUCACAAUGAAGGUGUCCGGUGCUGGAAUUAUCUCUGCAGGCUUCAGCAUUGCGAAUAUCAUAGGCCCGCAAACCUUUCAAGCCAAAGAUGCGCCGCAGUAUAUACCGGCAAAGAUUACCAUUGUCGCCGUUAAUGCUGCUGCUAUUGUAGUCUCCACAGCCCUAAGGAUGCUUUAUGCAAGGCGUAAUGCGGCCGCUGAUCGACUUGGUACCCCAGCACGUAGUUGUAUAGAGACACGGUUGGCUAAUAAGUUGGCUGUUCGCGAUACGCAAGAUGAUGACAGUUUCCGCUAUGUGUAUUAA